AGAAGAUCAAAAUAUAGGCUUGAAAAUUCUAAAAUAAUAGAGAAAUAUCAAAUCUUCGAUUACUAAAGCGUUGGAACCAGGUUGUUUACAAAACAAAUAUGGAAGACGCAGAAUUUAAAACGGACAAGAAGAACUGUACGUUUUUAUUUAAAAAAAGAAAGAUUCGAAGUACUGCAGCCAGGAAACGUAAAGAAGCGAACUAUGAAGACGAGAGCAGCGAAGAUGAAACUACAGUGGUUCAGAAAGAAAGAAAACAUGAUGAUAAUAAUCCCAUGAGACAAAGUACUAAUAAGAGAAGGUUUAGAGAUGAAAAGAAAGUUGUAGACAACAGCACAGACGAAGAAAAUAUUACUGUUUCUUAUAAAAGUACCAGAACUCCUAUGCCAGCUGGACCAAGCGACCAAGGAGCAACAGCAAUUUUAGAAACAGAGACAGAAAAGGAUAAAGACGCGCAGGCUUUAUUUGAAAAAUCUCAAAAAAUAAAUGAGGAAAAUGAAGGAAAAGAGGAUGAUAAAAUUUAUAGAGGUUUGAAUAAUUAUACUCAAUAUUACAAGAAAAAAGAUACAGCUGCUGGAAAUGCUUCCAGUGGAAUGGUACGUAAAGGGCCAAUUAGAGCACCAGCUAAUCUCAGGGCAACAGUUAGAUGGGAUUACCAACCAGAUAUAUGUAAAGACUACAAAGAAACAGGUUUUUGUGGGUUUGGAGACAGCUGUAAGUUUCUUCACGAUCGUUCAGAUUACAAAUUAGGUUGGCAAUUAGAAAGAGAAGCUGCUACAGGAGAGUAUAACAAUAGCGGAGACGAAGAUGAUAAAAAAUACGAAAUCGAUAGCGACGAAGAAAGUCUUCCGUUUAAAUGUUUUAUUUGCCGAAAUAGUUUUACCGAUCCUAUCGUUACAAAAUGUAAACAUUAUUUUUGCGAAAAAUGUGCGUUAGAACAUUAUAAAAAAAGUACUAGAUGUUACAUAUGCAAUGUACAAACUAACGGUGUCUUCAAUCCAGCUAAAGAGUUAAUUGCACGGGCGAAAAUGGAAGAAAAAGGAAAAACAGUUGAAGAAGACGAUGAAGUUUCUGACCAAUAAUAAAGCAUAUGUUUUUACUGAAUAAUUAUAAUUUUAUUGACUUUACAUACCGGCACUGAUCAUUUCCUUCAAGUGACGCCAAUCAUUGUG